AAGGACAUAUCGAAUUUUUUUUUAUUCAGAGAAAUCAGAAAUCGUAAAUAUUAUUAUUUCUUUUUAGUUGAAUUCGAAUUAUUUUUGGUUUAUUUAAUUAGGAAUUGUAGCUCUAGAGAAAGAAAAUGUUUCUAUUACGUAUUUACACAACCCCAGACUCAAGAUAUGGUAUUUUGGUGUAGUAAUAUAUCGGGUAAAACCAAAACAGGUUUUGUUGAGUCUGUUUCAUCCUUUAAUAUUUACCGAAUUAUUUACGACCUGAUAUAAGAUGUGUUUGUUUUAUAUCUGCCCUGAUAUUGUCAAUUGAACGAAACUAGACAAUUCAGCAAUUUGAAAUAAAACAAAAGUAGGUUGUUAAUAUUUGGGAACUGAAACGUAAGUACGUUUACCAGUAUGUCAGGUGAUGUGCAAAAUGGCUCAUCACAGCCAGAAGAUCUGGAGCCUCUGUUAGAAACCCAGGAACCUAUUGAGGUGCUGGUCAAAUGUGAGCUCAUUGAAGUCUCUGAUGAAGAAGAGGAACUCCCAAAAAAAAAAAAAAGAAAACGGACAGUCCCAAAAGAGCCAGUGCAGUGUUCUACUUGCGGGAAGGCUUUCCAAACUGGUUAUGAGCUGAAGAAACAUGUCCGUACACAUACUGGCGAAAGACCCUACAUGUGUCCGGAGUGCGGUAAGACUUAUACACAGCCGGGACACCUGAGUAUCCAUGCUCUCUCCCACACUGGAGUGAAGAACUUCAACUGCACAGAGUGUGGAUCGUCUUUCUACAGGAAAGCAGACCUGGACCGACACGAGAAGAUCCACACGGGAGAAAAGCCUUUCCAGUGUGAUGUCUGUUCGAAAAGCUUCACCCAGAAGAACAAUAUGGUGAUGCACUACAAGACGCAUAUCGGUGAUAAGCCUCAUGAGUGCAUGGUUUGCGGCAAGAGGUUUAUCACCCGCAGUAAGCUGAUGCAGCAUUCCAAGAAGCAUGAGAAGGAUAAGAAGAAAAAAGGAUUUUUAUAAUAAAAUAGGUUAUUGUUAA